AUGUCCGAAAGUACAAAUUUAGGCAAUAAUAUCUGUAAAAGUUUUGACUUGUUGAAAAGUUAUUUAGGGACUGGAUAUUAUUUCAAUGAUUCCAACAAGUCAAAGAAGACAAACAUUUGCAACAUUAAUGAAUGGAAGAGAUCAAGUAAGAAGCACAAAACACUGAAAGAAAUUAAAGAGAAAAUUGAUCAGAUGUUCAAUACAAAGCUACCACUGAAAGAAGGAACAUCUACAGAAUUGAAAAAAACAAACAGACCCCUGCCACUAUCAUCUGAUCUUCAUAUUGCCAGCAAAAAACUAGGUUGUCAGAAGGCAGAUAAAAAGAGAUGCAACCAGUCCAGAGCUCCAAGAUUUAUCUUUGGAGAUAUUGAUCACCUCCCGGGACCUGGUAUGUACAAUAACACAUAUAAAUGUUUCGGUCCCAAAAAAUCGUUCAGAAGAAAUUAUCAAGAUUUUGGCAUUGGUUGGAAGAUUAAUAGAUUCUCAUUGAACUCUUCUGGGUCCGGUCUUGCACCAGGAAUGUACAAAGAAGUUGAAACGUGCAAGAAGUCUAUUGCUCCGUGGAGAGAUAAGCAAGAUUAUCUGGCCAGUCCUGCUCAGUUUGAUGUUAGAACCGAUACAAUUAAGAAACUCAAUAAGAACAGGCAACGAGGAUUGUUUCAGAAAUCGGCACGCUUUCCAUUGAAAGAGUACCUUCGUAACGUCAUUGAAUCACCAAGCUAUGCCUCCAGAUCUGCAAAUAUUCCUGGUCCCGGCUCCUACAACCCAAUCUACCCAUUCAAAUGUCAGAAGAGGAAGCAGGAGGGAGAAGAUGAUGAAGGGAUGUGCGUCACCAUCAGCAAGUUGAAGCCUGCUUUCAACAGUACCACUCCUAGAAUGUUCAAGUUUCUUGAAUGUUCCACCGCUAAAUUGUCCGAACCAGGCCCCGGAAGGUACACGACGGACAGCAUGAUCAAUGAGAGACACCAGCACACCUACUACAACGUUUUCAAAUCCAAAUCCGAAAGGAUGACUAAUGAUGAUUUUCUCAGCCUUGGGGAAAGAUUUAAAGCGACAGGAGCAAUGAACGCACCAAGGUGUUCGAGAAAGGAAAGAGACGUUUGCAUGGACCACUUAUUUUAUUGA